UUACUGCUCUUCGUUUCAACAUCAGUGUUGUUGUCUGCUGUUCAGUGUCAUCAUGUCUUACUUAGAUGAACACGGAGGGCAUCACGAGGAAGAAGAUGAGGAGCAGGGAGAGGGAGAAGAACGGCCCAAAUACAAGCCACUUACGCAACUCGGUGCACCAAAAAUCCCAGAGGGAGAGAGGGUUGACUUUGAUGAUAUCCAUAGGAAAAGGAUGGAAAAAGAUCUUCUGGAACUACAGACACUGAUUGAGGUCCACUUUGAGCAGAGGAAGAAAGAAGAAGAGGAAUUGAUUGGACUCAAAGCAAGAAUUGAAAGCCGGAGGGCAGAAAGAGCUGAGCAGCAGCGUGUAAGGGCUGAAAAAGAGCGGGAUAGACAGACACGGAUAGCGGAGGAGCGGCAGAGGAAAGAGGAUGAAGAGGCAAAGAAGAGAGCAGAUGAUGAGGCCAAGAAGAAGAAAGUUCUCUCCAACAUGGGUGCUCACUUUGGAGGGUUCCUAGCAAAGGCAGAGCAGAAACGGGGUAAAAGACAAACUGCAAGGGAAAUCAAAAAGAAGACACUGGCAGAAAGACGCAAGCCACUGGCAAUUGAGAGCCUGAAAGAGGAUGGCCUGAGAGAGCGAGCCAAGGAGAUGUGGGAAUGGAUCCACCAGCUGGAGUCAGAAAAGUUUGAUCUGACUGAGAAGAUGAAGAGACAGAAAUAUGAGAUCAAUGUCCUCCUGAACAGGAUCCAACACGCUCAGAAAUUCAAAAAGGGACAUGGCAAGGGAAAAGUUGGAGGACGUUGGAAGUGACCUCAUACACACACAGACACACACAGGAAGCAUAAACAAACAAGAGGAUGGUUCAAUAGUUCCAGGACAAACUUCCAGCACCUUUGCAGUGUUCAAAUAAUGGCUUCCUGUAGGGUUUAUUUGAAUACAUCAACUUAUACUUACAUUUGUGGCUAUUAAAAUACACAUAUAAAUAUAUUUGAACUGCUGUAAUGGUUUCAUUUAAACAAGAUGUGAAAUAUUAUUAAUUCAUAGUUGCUACCAAACAAAUAUGAAUUAUUAUCUGAAGCAUCUGACAGCUCCUCCUAGUUGGUUUGCAAACUGCUGAUAAACAAGAUGUGAAAUGUC